AUGUCGGGCCUCGGUCAGGAAAUAUGGGACUUCGGUCUUCUAUCUUGGCGAAACAAGAUUCGCAGGACAGCUACUGGAGAUCUCCUAAUCAUUCUGGCAAAGGAGAAUACAGAUAGAGGACAUAGUUUACAAAAGACCAUUAACGAUAUCCUCGGAGAUGACGCCACAGUAAUCAGUAAAGGCUCACAAGAAGUCAUUGAAAUUCGAGACCUUGAUGAAAUGACCACAAAGGAGGAGAUCCUUGAAGCUAUACAAAAGGCCAUCGGAGAUGCGGAUGAAGUAACGCUGGAUGCCAUCAAGUCACUACGUAAGGCCUAUGGGGGCACCCAAACUGCGAUGGUGACAUUGGCAACGUCAAUAACUAGAAAAGUACUGGGAGAUAAUGACAAAAUAAGGAUUGGUUGGGUAAAUUGCCGUUUGAGAAUAGUAGAGAGACCUACCAAGUGCUAUAGGUGCUGGCACUAUGGACAUCUCGCUACCAACUGCAAGAGUAAAGUAGACCGAUCCAAUACCUGUUCAAAGUGUGGAGAGCUAGGUCAUAAAUUCGCUGCCUGCAAAAAUGAACCUCGUUGCACUCUCUGUGUUGAAAUUGACGCCAGUAAAAACUGUACUCAUAUCGCUGGGAGCAGCAGAUGCCCCGUGUAUAGAGAGGCACUCCAGAGGGUAAUGAAAAAACGAGUAAAAUGA